AUGCAAAUAUUGAUGACUAAUUUUUUUUUUAUAACAUAUCCAGGUCGAACAACUAAUGGCGCUAGUGGUCAAAUCUCUGCAUCACCGGAAAAAACGGUGACAUUACCUCGAAGUGCUACUUUAUCUGGACAGAGUAAUGAUGAAGAAAGUGAAAGUCGAGGGACCUUUUCACGAAGUGCUAGUGCUGCUGCAAAAGUAACAACAACUAAAUCAGAUACAUUGAAAUCUGCAACAUCAUCAUCGGCUGCAUCAAGUCGAGAGCAACCAUCUACUACAUCAUCAUCAGUGGUACGAGCUCAGAGUUUGGUUUCACCAACACGUACAAGUGGUAGUAAAGGUGGUGGCGAUGAAACAAAAAAAGAAAAGAAAUCAAAAUUUCGAACACCAUCAUUUCUUAAAAAACGUAAAGAAAAAAAAGAAGCUACUAACAAAGAUAAACCUUAA